AUGAGGCAGCGCCGCCCCGAGUCGGGCCCGCCCUCGCGGUGGCACCUCCCACCUCGUUGCAUAUUCAUGAGGUGUGUGGUCGUGUCAGGAUUCCUCCGGUCAGCCAUGAAAUCCAACAGCAGCUGCACUGUGCUUCCUGCAGACGAAUGGUGCCAGACAGAAGGUGCUUGGCUUACAGCUCCUGUGUUCUUGGUCCUUCAUCAGCACCAUGCUCACAGUCCACAGGGGAAGGCAGCUAAAGGAGGCGCCUUUGAUCGGAGCGAGGCGAACCCCGACGGGCACCGGCACCACCGGGACCUCCACGGGCAUCGGUACCAUCGGCACGCACCGGGACCCCCAAAAUACCAGCACCACCGAGACCCUCCGAUCACCGACACCGAGACAUCGCCGUGCGCCGGGCAUCACCUCCCUUGGGUAUCCCCAGCAUUGACACCAGGACAGCCCCGAGCACCGGCACCGGGAGCAGCACCGGGACAUCGGGCAGCCACACCGCAGCAGCCGGGCUGUGACACCACAGCACCCACCGAAAACAGGGACCGAAGCUCCCCGGGCACCGACCGCCGGGCUGAGAUGCUCCCCGGUGCGGGUCCCCUCGCUUUCCUCCUCCGGUGUCUGCUGCUGCUCUUCGCCUCCGAGAGCCGAGCACGGGCUCGGCCGGAUAUGUUCUGUGACUUCAAUGGCAAGAAGUACAGCCCAGGUGAGAGCUGGCACCCCUACCUGGAGCCGCAGGGGCUGAUGUACUGCAUCCGCUGCAGCUGCUCCGAGAAUGGCAACACGAGGUGCUAUCGGAUCCAGUGCCCCGCUCUGCAAUGUGCCAGCCCCGUCACGGACCCCCAGCAGUGCUGCCCACGGUGUCUCGGUACGGGGCCAUCCCAUGGGGAGGGAAUGACAGGAGCAAAGGGGAAUUUUAGGACGAGAGAGCCAAAUUCCCCUUCUGGUCUCCGGGCACCUGUCAGAUCCUGCCAGUACAAUGGGACAACAUACCAGCAAGGAGAGAUGUUCACCACCAGUGAGCUCUUCCCAAGUCGCCAGCCCAACCAGUGUGUGCAGUGCAGCUGCUCUGAAGGCCAGAUUUACUGUGGUUUGGUGACCUGCCCAGAGCUGCUAUGCUCCAAUCCUCUAACUGUGCCAGACUCAUGCUGCCAGGUCUGCAAAGAUGGCUCAUAUGAGAAGUCUGCGGAAGAGGAACCCCUGCAGUUAAACAGAGGUGUUAGGCACUCACAAGACCAGUGCUUGGGGGAAGCAAUGAACAGAAAGCCACCCGGAGCCACCGCAUCCACCGUGCUCAGUUCCUCACUGGAGUUCAUCCCCAGAAGCUUCAAACCCAAGGGGGGAGGUGGCACCACCGUGAAGAUCGUUUUGAAAGAGAAGCACAAGAAAGCCUGUGUUUACAAUGGGAAGACCUACUCCCAUGGAGAAGUGUGGCACCCCGUCUUCCGGCUCUAUGGGCUCCUGCCCUGCAUCCUGUGCACCUGCAGGGAUGGUGUCCAGGACUGCCAGAAGAUCACAUGCCCCAAGGAGUAUCCGUGUGACUCUCCGGAAAAAGUAGAUGGGAAAUGCUGUAAAAUAUGUCCAGAAACCAGAGUCAAACCCACUGAUGAAAUCAUCACUGAGAGAUGUGGGAAGACCCCCAACCAUGUCCUGGUGUACAUGUUUGUGCCACCGAGCUCUGAGAACUCCAAGGAGAUCCUGAGGACCGUCGCUAUUGAGAAGGAGCUCACGGAAGAGGUGGAAAUCUAUAACUGGAAGCUGAUUAAAGGGAUAUUUCACUUGAUCCAAACCAAGAAGAUCAGCAAACAGGAAUUCAAGCAAGAAGCACAGAACUUCAGGCUGAUCACCAGAACGAAUGAAGGUCACUGGAACAUCUUCCAAGCCCAGACAUCAGAGCUGAGGAUGACAGAGAGUCCAGAGAAAGAAACAAAGAACUUGUAAAGAAAAAAA